AUGCAGUCUCUGAUGAUGCAGUCUCUGAUGAUACAGUCUCUGAUGAUACAGUCCCUGAUGAUGCAGUCCCUGAUGAUGCAGUCUCUGAUGAUGCAGUCUCUGAUGAUGCAGUCUCUGAUGAUACAGUCUCUGAUGAUACAGUCCCUGAUGAUGCAGUCUCUGAUGAUACAGUCUCUGAUGAUACAGUCCCUGAUGAUGCAGUCCCUGAUGAUGCAGUCUCUGAUGAUACAGUCUCUGAUGAUACAGUCCCUGAUGAUGCAGUCUCUGAUGAUACAGUCCCUGAUGAUGCAGUCCCUGAUGAUGCAGUCUGAUGAUGCAGUCUCUGAUGAUGCAGUCUCUGAUGAUACAGUCUCUGAUGAUACAGUCCCUGAUGAUGCAGUCUCUGAUGAUGCAGUCUCUGAUGAUACAGUCUCUGAUGAUACAGUCCCUGAUGAUGCAGUCCCUGAUGAUGCAGUCUGA